CGUUAUACGAUCCUUCCACCUUCUUCCAGCUGCGUCAUUUUGACUGACGUCCUCAGACUGUCCUGCUUGACUUUACUAUACCAAAUCAGAAGAUGAGCAUCUCCCACGGCAUCAGGAGAGCGGGCGUUAUCGGCGCUGGACAAAUGGGUCUCGGGAUCGCAUUCGUGUCCGCAGUGCACGCCAAGGUUCCAGUGCUGCUUCACGACCGGUCUUCGGCACAAAUCAAGUCAGGGCUUUCGUUCUUCGACAAACUACUCGCGAAAGAUGUCUCGAAGGGAAAGUUGACUUCCGAAGCAGCCAAGGAGGCUAGAGAUCGUGUCGCGGUUGUGGACGAUCUGAAGGGCUUCAAGGACGCUGAUUUGGUUGUUGAGGCAGUUUCCGAGAACCUGGCGGUCAAACAGGGCAUCUUCCGCACGCUGUCCGCGGAGUUGUCUCCGAAGACGAUCCUCGCGACGAACACGUCCUCAAUCAGCAUCACAAAGAUCGCGGCUUCCACCAUACCUGAAGGGAAGACCGCAGCGGAUCCUGAGGGCAAGGAGAGCGCUUCCCGAGUGGUCGGCUUGCACUUUUUCAACCCGGUCCCGGUGAUGAAACUGGUGGAGCUGAUCGCUGCGGCGCAAACGUCGGAGGAGACCCUCAACCGCGCGAGAGCAUACGCAUCGGCGUGCGGAAAGGAGGUGACAUAUUCGAAGGACGUUCCUGGCUUCGUGGCAAACGGGCUGCUGAUGCCCUUCAUCAAUGAGGCUAUUCUGAUGCUUGAGAAGGGUAUCGCCACCCGGGAGGAUAUUGACAAAACGCUGAAAUUGGGCAUGAACCAUCCAAUGGGACCUCUCCAAUUAGCCGAUUUCAUUGGGCUGGACACGUGCCUAGCAAUCCAGCAAACGAUCCACAACGGCACGGGCGACUCUAAGUACCGCCCAAGCGUGCUCCUGGAGCGCAUGGUGGACGCGCAGUGGUACGGGAAGAAGAGCGGGAAGGGCUUCUACGACUACCCCAGCGAGUAGUCGUACCGUACCGUAUCGUGUGCGCACUUGCGCACGGGUGGCCAUGGUGGCCGUAAUUACCUCUCACGCAACGGAUGCUGUCUCUCUUCUGCGUUUGGAUCGACCGCCUGGAGCCGCCUUCGGGUCAUCCACUCUCUGAUUCAUUGCAUCUGGUCUAUCGGCGUCGUGGGCCUGGUCGUCCCGAUCACUGCCGGUCUCGUGGAGGCACGGUUAGGAUCCGGUGCGGGGCGCGCGGUGUUCCUGUCUUGCUCGGGCAGCACGGGAAGCGUCGUUCAGCCUAGUUUCAUCCGCAGGAGGCUGGGCCUCAUUGAUGCCAACUUUGUGGGCCCACACCGGCAACUAUACCGACUGGCUCGUGCGGGCCUGCAGGGCUGGCGACCACUCUCAAGGGAGUCGCGUGACCGAGUCUUGGGUACCGUGGAGUGUCGGUCAGGUGCCAUGGAUUAGAUGAUCAUGUCCGCGUUUGCGGCGCGUGUAUCUGGUCGCGACUCUCU